UCUCUCUACAACCUCCCACACAGACUGCAGACCAGCCCCACGCUGACAGAGGAGAGGGAGGGUGGGAGGAGAUAGAGAAGAACCAAGGCAACCGACACAUUAACAAGUAACUUACAGUCUACACACUGAGGGCAGAAGAAGGAUCAGUUAUAAACACUCAACUCACAGAUGAUUCUCACACAAGAGGGUGUGACUGUUUGAUGAAGGAUUGGUGGCUGAUUCUGAGGAAUGUUUUAACCUCCUGUCAGCUUAAGGAAAAGUAAACUUCAAGCAGAGAGGAGGAUCUGUGCAGCAGAGAAGAGGACUCAAGUGAGGAAAGGAAACUGUUGCUUGGAUUCACACACAUAUUCUCUUUUUUGCCGAUGCAGCUGAGACAGAGAGGACGACGGCUUCAUGGGUGAAAGAUGAAUGUCCAGCUGUUGGGCGACUGUGUGAGUGAUUCUGCUGCAAUGGAGGGCGUUUCCCAGCACACCCCAUGGACUCCCGCCGCCGCCGCCGCCUAUGCCUCCUGCUUAAUGUGGAAAGCCUAGGAUGGAAGAGCCACCAAGUGCUGCUCUGAGGCACUGGAACAACGCUCUCGACUUCCACAACCUCAACCGUCUCGCCUCCUCAUUCACAAGCACAACCAGCUGCUUUGCUGCCGUCACCAACCAGACAGGGACCACCGCCACCGGGUGACAAGACUCCAGGAUGUUCAUGAAUUUCCGCCGGAUACGAAAGUGCCAGUGUGUGCAGCUGAUGACCACCUGCCUGGUGCUGUCAGUGAUGAUGGUUUGCUGGGAGCAGCUGGACGACAGCGUCGUCAGCCACUUCAAGUCCUACUCCUUCCGCUACCUGGUCAACCGCUUCACUUACAUUAACAGGAGCCUCACCAUCCCACGGGAGCAGGCCAGGAGCUUCAGCGACUUCCGCUACCUGCUGAACCACCCGGACAAGUGCGCCGACAAGGACGUCCUCCUCCUCCUCUUUGUCAAAACGUCCCCGGAGAACAUUGAGAGGCGGAACGCCAUCAGAUCCACCUGGGGUAAUGAGACCUACAUCCAGAACACCCUGGGAGUGACAGUCAAGGUGGUGUUCGCCUUAGGAGCGCCUCAGGCCAAGAAAGACGAGCCCUCAUGGAGCAAGAGGAGCAGGGUUCAGGAGCAGCUCGUCAACGAGGACCGUCUCCACGGCGAUUUGAUCCAACAAAACUUUCUAGACUCCUUCCACAACCUGACCCUGAAGCUGAUCCUGCAGUUCCACUGGAUGCACAGCCGCUGCGCACACGCCCGCUUCCUUAUGACCGCCGACGACGACAUCUUCGUCCACAUGCCCAACCUGGUGACCUACCUGCAGGACGUGAGCAGCAGAGGUGUCACAGACUUUUGGGUCGGUCGCGUGCACAGGGGGGCGCCGCCAAUCCGCAGCAAAGACAGCAAGUACUAUGUGUCCUUUGAGAUGUAUCCGUGGUUGUCGUACCCCGACUACACAGCCGGGGCUGGGUACGUCGUCUCCAGGGACGUGGCGGGCAAAAUCUACCAAGCCACACUGACCCUGAACGCCUCUAUUUACAUAGACGACGUGUUCAUGGGCAUCUGCGCCAACUCCGUCGGCGUGUCACCGCAGGAGCACGUCUAUUUCUCAGGGGAGGGCAAAGCGCCCUACCACCUGUGCAUCUAUAACCAGAUGAUGACCUCACAUGGUCACGUGGAGGAUAUCUACGACUUGUGGAAGACGGCGACCGACCCGCAGGUGAAGCAGAAGACCUCUGGACUCACAGGGAGGCUGUACUGCACAGCCGUGAAAAUGGCUCUGCUUUGUAAACCGUACUAUUUUAACACCUACCCUUGCAAAGCAGCCUAUUUGUAGUAUAACGUCAGGUUUGUGUGUGUGUGUGUGACAGAGAGAGGGGGAGUGUGUCAAAGGUCAUAUAGAAAGGAGGAUCAUCGCUGCGAAUAUUACCUCAGUCCUUUCAGUCGGACACCCAUGUCAAAACACUGGAGCAUGUGUUCUGUGUUUCCAGAGGCAAAGAGACCAGAUUCAUGUUUGUUUGAAGAUGCUGUUUACAUGUCGUCCCAACUGAAAGCCGCUUUGCUCAAAAAUGGGAUUUUAAUUGAUUAAUUAAUUUAUUUUCAAUCUCAACCAGUUGAUUAAAAGAGUAUUUCCUCCUUGUCUUGGACUUUAUUUCCACUGCUGUGACGCAUACUACCCAAUAAACAACUUUUCUUAACACAAGGCCAUCUGUCUCACUGGCAUUUACCUAUUUUAUUACCUUAUAAGUAAAAUGCAGAAGUAACACAUCUAGGUGUUAAAAAUAUACAGUCAGUCAGUGAUGUGUCAAAUCUAAAAAUGUCUCUGUGUCAUGAAGUGCAAAAUUCCUCACAGUGAAGUAGAGUAGACGUGCAACUGAGAAGACUUUACAAACAGUUCCUGUGCUGAAAAUAAUGAUGAUGUACUGAUGAGCAACAAAGUGUGGGCUCUAAAUUUAAUAUUUUCUUGUUAUAAGAUUUCUUAUUGUAAUUAAGUUUGUGAAAAACUUUUUUUUUAUGAAAUAAAAUCUCGCAAGUGAAAGUCAAA